GUGACAUCCACGGGCAGUACUAUGACCUGCUGCGACUCUUUGAGUACGGGGGCUUCCCCCCCGAGAGCAACUACCUGUUCCUGGGCGACUACGUGGACCGGGGCAAGCAGUCGCUGGAGACCAUCUGCCUGCUGCUCGCCUACAAGAUCAAGUACCCCGAGAAUUUCUUCCUGCUGCGUGGCAACCACGAGUGCGCCAGCAUCAACCGCAUCUAUGGCUUCUACGAUGAGUGUGAGUGCUCGGGCUGUGGCCGUGUCCCCCCACGACCCCGCCGUCAUCCCCGCGCGCCCCUU